AGUGCCGGUAAUCAGCAUCCCUCAGAGGGGACAUGUACACUGAUCAUCAGUCAGUGCCACCUGUCAGUGUCAAUCAAUGCCAGCUGUCAGUGCUCAUCCAUGCCACCUGCCAGUGCCCAUCAGUGCCACAUCAAUGCCACAUUUCAGUGCCUACCAGUGUACAUCAAUGCCACAUAUCAGUGCCCAUCUGAGCUGCCUUUCAGUGUCACCCAUCAGUGCCAGUCAGUGCCAUGUAUUAUUGCCAGUCAGUGCCACCUAUCAGUGCUGCCAGUCAGUGCCGCCUAUCAGUUCAGAGUCAGUGUAUCAGUGCCGCCUAUCAGUGCCCGUCAGUGCUGUCUAUCAGUGCCAACUAACAGUGCCAGUCAAUGCCACCUAACAG